GACCAUUUAAGGGAAUGGACAAGCACUUUCCAAAGAAAUCCGCUCGUUUUCGAUCGAUAUCUGAGACCAAUCCAGUUUUCACAGUGGAAGCAGAGAUAGACAAAGUCAAAGAUUCUGGUGAUUUAUCCCCACCGACUGAAAUCGACACAAACUAUUUACACCCUAAUGCCAACUCAGAUCAAUCUGAGACUGACAGCGGAUACGAGAGUUGUUUGUCCUCGAGAAAUGCUUCCGCUACCUGUAGUCUUCCGCAGUCCAGUGUUUCCAGGGCCGACUCACUCAAAUCCAGCCCCAAACCAACCGGUGGGCGAAGAAUAUCAAAAAAUUCUGAGGACCUGUCUGAACUUUUGCCCGGAAGUCCUGACUUUCUCAGAGCCGGAAGUCCAGAAAAUCUCAGAAAAGGGGUUAUCAGAAGAUGUCCUACAGAUGUUUGCUACUCACCCGCCCUUUGUGAGAAAUUUAAACGAGGACCCUCUCUGGGCUUCAGACAUAGUUUUCAGAGAGAACGGAGUUAUUCUUCAUGCUCCAGUGCAAGCGGUACCGACGGGGUCAAUAUUAGUCUCCAUAACAUCAUUGGCAAAAAAGGAACCGGAAAAGGACAGUUCCGGAAUGCUACCUCUCUUUCGCAUGUCAGUUCCGGAUCUAUCAUAGUAACAGAUAUCAUAAACUGUAGGGUAACACUAUUUCACAUGAGUGGACGUGUUGUUAAUGAAAUCAGCACUGGGCCUGGUUCCGAACCUUGGUCAACCGCUGUGUUACCAAAUGGUAACUUUGUUGUAUCCUUGCAAAAACCAGGUUCUCUAGCGAUAUUUGAUGCGAAGGGAGAAUAUAUUAAAGACAUCGCCGGCCACCUGCUGGUGAAACCAUCUGGGGUAGCAACCGAUAGAAAGGGUAGAAUAGUUGUCAGCGACGUCAACACUGACUCUGUUUACAUACUUGAUGAAGACGGCGAAGUUUUGAAAGGCUUGGGACAGGAACCGGAUGUGCCCCUGUCUUUUGAAGAACCUCGAUAUGUUGAGGUCACGUGUAAUGAUAAGAUUCUAGUCUGUGAUUCUGGCAAGCACUGCGUAAAUGUGUUUGACUCCGAUGGAAACUUUCUUCACAAAUUCGGAUCUUAUGGACAAGAUUCGGGGCAAUUUCGCUUCCCCUAUGGAAUCACGUCAGAUUUUGAGGAGAAUAUAUACGUAGCAGAUCACUACAACAAUCGAGUAUCGAUGUUCUCAAUUUCCGGGGAAUUCCUCUGCCAUAUUUUAACGCCUUGUAUGAAACUUAAGCGGCCUCAGGGCCUUGAUAUGUGGGAUGGAAUGGCAGAGUCGGUCCUGUUUGUGACCCACGGAGAAAUGAAGGCACAGGAAGUCGUGGCCUUCAAAAUCAUAAUGGGUUCAAAAAAUAGAUUCAAGAAAUCAAUGGAGGUUUAUAUCUGACAUGUUCUAGUUGACUUUGUAAGAAGGAGGUUAGAAGCAAAA